AUGGCUGCUGGCGCGUUGUCAGCUUUGUGUGAGUUCAUUUGUUUGUCUAGCCGAAGUAAUGCUAUCACAGAUAAUCGUUUUCGGAUGACAAAGAAAUGCACUCGAGUUUUAUACCAUACUUUAGUAUUAUUUUUGAAUCUCACUGUAUUAUUAUUCAUGUUCUUCACGACGACAGAAGAGUCACAAAAAUUGGAAGCUCUGAAAAUCGAUCCGUGCCCGACUAAAGAAUUUUUUAGGUCUCCUGUUGUAUUUUUUAUUUCCGAUUCAGCAAUCAGAAACUUUUUUAUGUUUUUUUGGGUUCCUGCACUUUUAUUUCAAACAUUUGCAAAUAGUGUAUUCCACUGGGCAUGUACAAUAUACUAUUUGUUCGUAGCUCCUCCUUCAAGAUCUACUUCUGCUGAAACUCGCCGAGCACAACGGCAUUUUUUAAUUGGAACCAUGAUCCAAACUUCAAUUCCGGUAUUAACUCUUAUGAUACCUCCACUUGUCUUGAUAUUUUUAUUUUCCAAGGGUUAUUACAACCAGGGCCUUAUGAAUCUGGGUAUGAUAUUUUAUGGGCUAAAUGGAUUGGUUGAAAGUUUGGCUAUCCUUUCGGUAUAUCGUCCUUAUCGGAACGCUGUAAAAGACAUUUUGAACUUUAGAAAAUCAAAAGAACCCAAAGUCCAAACUAUUCCAGUUCGAGAAGUUUGUGGGAAUUCUGGUUUUGGAAGGACACAUCUUCGAAUUUGA